AUGUCUGACAACCGGCAAACCUCAGUCCUGGUCCUAGGCGACAUCAUGGUGACCCGCGAGAUUCGCGGCACAGCUUCUCUUCAUCACCUAAGAGCCUUCCCAGUCCUCGACGUAAAGGAUACCAUCGAUGCCCCUGGGGGUGCAGCAAAAACUGCUGUCAACCUCGCAGCGCUCGGCACAUAUGUGACCCUUGCCGGACUCAUUGGCCCGGACGAUGAGGGCAUACUCAUCAAAACAAAGAUGACUGAGUCCGGUGUCGACACCAAGGGAGUUAUCUUCACUCACGACCGGCCUACUGCGAGAAUGACCCACAUAGUCGACAGCAAUAAGAGCAACCAGCCCCUCCUACGAAUCGAUCGAGACAACACAGCCCCGGUGUCAGUUCGCGCGGAGAGGGACUUGCUCCAGGUCGUUGUGCCGCUUUUGGGCGCCGUCGACAGUAUCGUAUUGGUGGAUUGUGGACAAGGAUUUUUUGCAUCGACUGUGGCAAAGAAAAUCAUCGAGCUCGCAAAUGCAGAUAACAAGCCUGUCAUCAUCUCACCCAAGAGAUGUGGAAGUUUUCACCAGUAUUCCGGGGCGACGGCUAUCGUGCCAAACUUGCUGUCAAUGGAAACAGCUCUCGGAGUCCACACUCCAUUCACACGCUUGCCCGAUUGGGAGAUCUACCUGGAUCACAGGGCACGCACCAUUCGCGAUGGAAUCCAGGUGGGUGCACUCGUGGUGCCUUGUGGACUUAGAGGAGUGCGGAUCUACGAAGACAGGGGAAAAACCGUGAUCAAACCAACGCCCCUGGCUGCCAUCGACCUCAACGGCGCCGAGAAUAGUUUCCUGGCCGCAUUCGUCUGGGUGUUAUCAAAAGGCGAAAGCAUUGCGGAAGCGGCGCAGAAAGGAAACCUAGCGCACGGCAUCGCCUGCUCAAAGCCUGGGUGUCAGAUCAUCCGCCUCGAGGACAUGGUUCUCGGCUCUGAACGAGUAAAAGAGUGGAACGAGGAACAUAAUACAAACACAUCAAGCAAGAUCCUCAGCCCAGAAGUCCUGCGCCGCAAGAUCUGGUGCGCCAAAGCAGCGAAGCAGCGCCUCGUGCUCGCGACCGGAAUUUUCGAUCUUCUCCACGGAGGCCACAUUGACUUUCUUCAGAAAGCCAAAGCACUCGGCGACCGGCUUGUGAUCGGCCUCCGCUCCGACGCCUCAGCUCAACGCCUGGAGGGCCCCGGCCGACCUGUCGUCCCGGAAACCCAGCGUGCGCAAGUGCUCUCCGCGCUGGCAUGUGUUGACUACGUGGUGUUGUUUGACAUGCCUACCCCGCAGGUGAUCGAAUUGAUCCGUCCCCACGUUCUGGUCUCGGGCGAGAAUCCCGCCGAGGUUGUGGGCUGCGAUACGGUACGGGCUCACGGAGGUCGUGUGGAGAUGAUCCCGAGGACUGCAGGAAUAUCUACCACCACACUGGUCGAGUCCAUUGUCCAGCGACAUUCAAUUUGA